GCCAUACGUUUGGGCAGUUGCCAUAUAAAAACUACCGUGUCAAGUUUGGAGUUUCCUCGCCAAAAAAGGAAAUCAAAAUGUCGUGUUCCUGCAUUGCAGAAGUCGUUGGCUGGGCAGUUUUGGUCAUCUUCACAGCAAAAACCGUAUACAAUCUUAUUCAUUUUGCUUACACAACGUUUUUAGGCCGUUUGCUAGGACGUGGAAUCGACCUUAAAUCUUGCGGGCCAUGGGCAGUUGUUACCGGUGCUACGGAUGGCAUUGGAAAAUCUUUUGCAAAAGAACUUGCUGCUGCUGGAUUGAACGUCGUUCUAGUUAGUCGAACGUCCGCAAAACUCAAGGCAGUUGCCGAUGAAAUCAAGAACGAAUACAGUUCGAUCCAGGUGAAAACGAUCGCUGUAGACUUUACCGAUGGCCAAAAAAUCUACGUCACUCUCAAAGAGGAACUGAGCAAGUUGCAGAUUGGUAUUCUGAUCAAUAACGUUGGCAUGCUGAAUGGUUUCGGUCGGCGUUUCGGAAAUGUCGAAGAUGACAAAAGUAUUCACGACAUUAUCAACUGUAACAUUUUGAGCAUGGCGCGGAUGUGUCACAUGGUUUUACCCCAAAUGAUCAAACGCCAAAACGGCGUCAUCGUGAAUAUCGGAUCGCUCUCGAGCGCAAUGCCAACGCCUCUCCUCACCAUUUAUGGUGCAACGAAAGCAUUUGUUGAGAAAUUCUCCCGAGAUUUAGCUGCCGAAGUGAAAUCGUUGGGCGUUACAGUUCAAACUGUCCAUCCGGGAUACGUUGCCACGAAUAUGGCAAGCCAUAUGAAACCCUCGUUAUUGAGCCCUGAUCCCAAUACGUUUGCAGCAGCAACUUUACGUACUCUUGGACUAGAACAGCGAACCGCAGGAUAUUGGACGCAUAAAAUUCAAUUGCAUUUCACGGACCUUGCCAAUUUCUUCAUUCCUCGCCCGCUGUUGGAACGUGGGGUGCUCAAGCACAUGGAAGAAUUAGGGAAAUCCAUUAAAAAAGCCAGCAAGUCUCGCUAAAUAUACGAAAUGCUUUCUUAUGGCGUGUAUUAAAUUUCUAAUUAAAUAUACAAUAUAUACAAGCAG